AUGGCUCCUUCAAAGUCACAACAGCCCGACUCAGAAACCUCCUCCAUCGCGGAUACUCCAAUGACCGACGGUCAAGAGUAUAUCCGCCCCCAUAGACCUUCUUUUGGUCACCUCAAUCGCCCGGUAGACGAUACCCCCGACUACACCGAUUCCGACACAAAUCCCAACACGACCGCCUCUAGCGUGGCUGGAGAUAUUCCCCUAGCGGAUGGCCGCAAGAAGCGCUCAGAGGCGUUUCAACUACGGAAAAGCAUUUUGGGAAGGAAGCAUGGCCAAUUGGACGAAUCAAAAGAGGAUGAUACCUUACGGAGAUUCAGGUACCUGCUAGGUCUGACUGAUCUCUUCCGCCACUUCAUCGAUGCUAGCCCCAACCCCAAGAUCAGAGAAGUUCUGCAACAGAUCGAUCAAGAAAAUGCCGAAGAGGAGGCGAAGGCCAGAAAGGUUGUGUCCCGCAAAGGGGGUGCCGCAGGCGCAAGCAAGCGAAAGACCGAACAGGAAGAGGAUGCUGAGCUCCUGAGGGAUGAGAAGCGUGGCACAGCUUCCCAAACUGUCUUUCGAGACUCACCGGCCUUCAUCAAGGGCGGCGAGAUGCGCGACUAUCAAGUUGCAGGUCUCAAUUGGCUCAUCUCUCUCCACGAGAACGGUAUUAGCGGUAUCCUCGCCGAUGAAAUGGGUCUUGGUAAAACAUUGCAGACGAUCUCCUUCCUAGGCUAUUUGCGACACAUAUGCGGCAUCAAAGGUCCGCAUCUCAUCACCGUCCCCAAAUCCACCCUGGAUAAUUGGCACCGCGAGUUUAAGAAAUGGACCCCCGAUGUCGAUGUGCUGGUCCUUCAAGGCGCUAAAGAUGACCGGCACGCCUUGAUCAAUGAACGACUAAUUGACGAGAAAUUCGACGUGUGUAUUACGAGCUACGAAAUGAUCCUCCGAGAAAAGUCUCACCUGAAGAAAUUUGCGUGGGAAUACAUCAUUGUCGACGAAGCCCAUCGAAUCAAGAACGAGGAGUCUUCGCUUGCACAGAUUAUCCGAAUGUUCAGCUCGCGAAACAGACUCCUCAUUACCGGCACUCCGCUUCAGAACAAUCUCCACGAACUCUGGGCUCUCCUCAAUUUUCUGCUUCCUGACGUAUUCGGAGACUCUGAGGCGUUUGAUUCUUGGUUCUCUAGCCAGAACGCAGAUCAAGAUACAGUGGUUCAACAGCUCCAUCGCGUUCUGAGGCCGUUCCUACUCCGGAGAGUGAAGAGUGACGUUGAGAAGAGCCUUCUACCGAAGAAGGAGGUGAAUCUCUACGUGGGGAUGUCUGAGAUGCAGGUCAAAUGGUAUAAAAAGAUUCUGGAGAAGGAUAUCGACGCCGUCAACGGUGCAGGAGGCAAGCGAGAAUCAAAGACGAGACUUUUGAACAUUGUCAUGCAGCUCCGCAAAUGCUGCAAUCAUCCCUAUCUGUUCGAGGGGGCUGAGCCAGGCCCUCCAUAUACUACCGAUGAGCAUCUCGUCUUCAACUCUGGCAAGAUGCUCAUUCUCGACAAGAUACUCAAGCGAAUGAAGGAAGAAGGAAGCCGAGUUCUGAUAUUCUCUCAGAUGAGCAGAGUGCUCGAUAUCCUCGAAGACUAUUGCGUUUUUCGAGGCCAUAAAUAUUGUCGCAUUGAUGGCGGAACUGCACAUGAGGAUCGAAUUGCGGCUAUUGAUGAGUAUAACAAACCAGGGUCAGAGAAGUUUGUCUUCCUUCUGACGACCCGAGCUGGGGGGUUGGGCAUCAAUUUGACCUCGGCCAACAUUGUUAUCCUCUACGACAGUGACUGGAACCCUCAAGCCGAUCUUCAGGCAAUGGACCGAGCACACCGGAUUGGCCAGACCAAACAAGUCGUGGUAUUCCGCUUCGUGACAGAGAACGCCAUUGAAGAAAAGGUUCUUGAGAGAGCUGCUCAAAAACUACGUCUGGACCAACUUGUCAUUCAACAAGGGCGCGCACAACAGCAAGCCAAGCAGGCAGCCUCGAAGGACGAGUUAUUGACCAUGAUCCAACACGGCGCAGAGAAGGUAUUUGAAACAAAGGGCUCCACAGGGGAACUUGACGACAUUGACGAGAUUCUGCGACGUGGCGAAGCUCGAACUGCGGAACUCAAUAAAAAAUAUGAGAAACUGGGAAUUGACGAUCUCCAAAAGUUUUCCUCCGAGAACGCCUACGAGUGGAAUGGUGAGGAUUUUACGAACCGACGUAAAGAUAUCAGCCUACACUGGAUCAAUCCAAGCAAGCGUGAACGGAAAGAACAGUCAUACUCCAUGGAUAAGUACUACAAGCAGGCUUUGUCGACAGGUGGACGACCCGCAGAUACCAAACCCAAGAUUCCACGGGCGCCGAAACAAGUCGCCGUGCACGACUGGCAAUUCUUCCCUCCGGGCCUGCAAGAGUUACAGGAAAAGGAGACAGCGUACUACCACAAAGAAAUCGGCUUCAAAGUCCCCCUCAACGAAGGUACUGAAGAAGAUCUAAGCGAUCGAGAAGCGGAUCAGCGGCUAGCGCAGGAUGAGAUUGAUAACGCGGAACCGCUGACCGAAGAAGAGAAACAGCGCAAAGCGGAGAUGCAGGAGCAUGGUUUCGGCAACUGGAAUCGGCGUGAUUUCCAGCAAUUCAUCAACGGGUCUGCGAAAUUCGGCAGAAACAACUAUGAAGGGAUUGCGACCGAGGUCGACAGCAAGGAAGCAGACGAGAUCGAAAAAUAUGCCAAGGUCUUCUGGAAGAGGUACACGGAAAUUGCCGAGUUCGACAAAUACAUCAAGAACAUCGAGGCAGGGGAGGAAAAGCUGCGGAAGACCGAACGUCAGCGGAAGAUGCUCCGGAAGAAGAUGGAGAUGUAUCGAGUCCCGCUGCAACAGUUGAAGAUUAAUUACACGGUUUCAACGACCAACAAGAAGGUCUACACGGAGGAGGAGGACCGCUUCCUCCUGGUCAUGCUUGACAAAUACGGUGUUGACGGGGAAGGGCUGUACGAGAGAAUACGGGAUGAGAUCCGGGAGUCGCCGCUAUUCCGGUUCGACUGGUUCUUCCUCAGCAGAACGCCUGUGGAAAUCGGUCGACGAUGCACCACCUUGCUCAACACCGUAACCAGAGAGUUCGGAGAAACCGAAGAGAAGCUCACAAAUGGCCAUGCUCCCGGGAAAGGAAGAGGCCGUGAUCGGGACGAUGACGAAGACGAGGAGAACGACAGCGAAGCCGCACCUGUGAAGAAGAAGGCCAAGAAUGGUAUUGUGAACAAACAAGUCAAGGCCGUCAAAUCUGGCCGUGGCAGCAAAGCGACUUCCCCGGCAACUUCUCGAGCACAGAGCGUGUCGUCUACGACGGCACCAGCGAACCGGUCGAAGGGAAAGAAGAAAUAA